CUGGUUAUCAGCGACUUGGAAGCCCUCUGCCGAAAAGCCGGAAGGGCGACCCAGGUUCCUUGGCUGGGUUUGGGCACUACUCACCACGCCGCCGUCUCCCAAAUACUUCCCGGUUCCGCCGCCUUCCAAGGCGCAGAGGAGCGGGUCUGCGCUUGGGCCGCUGAGCGCAGCGCUCCGCGAGCGCCGUCCCCGUGCGCGCCGCCGAGUUCUCGCGGCCGCGUCUUCGACUCGAUCGACUCGGUCUGCGGCCGCCGGGAGAACUCGGCUGCGCGAGGCUCCGAUCCGAUGGACGCUCUCAUGGCGAACUACGCGUCCGACUCCGAGUCCGACGGUGGCGAGCCGGCGGAUGUCUACGGCGGCGCCCCGGAGAUUCCCGAAGCUUCGGCUUUGCUCCCUCCCCCUCCCCUCGACCUCCUCCAGCCCCCGAACUUCGUAGAUUACUCGGCAAUGCCACAGGGGAGUCGCGUCCGGAGCUUCCCUCAUGUGGAAGGCAACUUCGCGCUACAUGUUUACAUCCCUGUUGCCAUACCUUCUGAUGCAAGGAAACAGCUGGCCCUUGUUAUGAAAAGAGCUGCAUCUCUUGCGUCGGAUCUCUAUGCUGUUGAUGCAGACUACGCACUUUCUGAAUUGUGCAAAGAUGAACAGAAGCUUGAGAAAGUGCUUCUGAGCAGGGAGUUUCAUAUAAGCUUAGGAAGACCUGUUGCAGUUCAGGUGCAUCAAAUUGACUCCUUUGUUGCAAUGCUUCGUCAGAAGUUUCAGUCACAACAACGGUAUUGGAUGGAAUUCAAUAAAUGGGAGCAUUUUGUCAAUGACGACUGUACGAGGUCAUUUCUUUCGCUAGAAGUUACAAAAACUGGUUUGCCAGAGAUAAGUAAGCAGAUACUUAUGGUAGAUGAAGUAUAUCGAUUGCAUGGUCUUCCUGAGUUCUACAAGAAUCCACGGCCACAUAUAUCAUUGGUGUGGGCAUUGGGUGAUAUCAGCUGCAAGUUGAAGCAGGUAAUAAAGGAUAUCGAAAAAUAUCAGAGCAGCAUUAGCUUAUCUCAAAAAUGCAAUGUUCGAUGCAAGUUCAGCCGAGUAGUGUGUAAAGUAGGUAAGAAGAUGUACGAUAUCUGUAAGUUUGCAGACUGAAAUUGCUUGUUUGUGAUUCACAAAGCUUUAAAGUACCGAAUGCUGUAGGUUAUGUCGAUUAUUUCAGUUGCAACAGUGAAAUACAAAGUUUUUUUGGUA